GGUCCCUCCGGUUCCGCGGGUCAUCAUCCACGAGGCCGGUGGCAGUGACAAGAUCGUCGACCGUCUUGCAAAGGACGACUACGUGUUGGCUGGCCACUGUUCGGUCGUCUCGCGCUCGUUCCGCCUGCUCUCUGACGACGAGAUCAAGUCGGCCCGGCAAUCGUCACGCCGAGCCACGUCCGCCGCGCGCCUCGCCGCCACCACCGCGCCCGUAGACUUUUCGCCCACCAAGCAAUCGUCACUUCAUUCGUACAUCUCGCCCAAUCCGUCUCGGGCGCCACAGCAGGGCCUCAAGUCGCAGACCUCGCCAGCGAUCUCGUCGCCGCCGGUCUACUCGAAACUGUUCCAGACCUCCUAUGCAAGCCAGCCAGCCACGUCCCGCAAGCGUCAGCUCGACUUACAGCCGCCUCGUGCACAGCAGCCCAAGUUUGCCCGCCUUCUCGAUCAGCCUCCCGCCGGGAAGCGUGGCAAGCACAUGGUCGACGCCGCCAAGACCAAGCGCAAGCCGCGCAAGCGCUACGACCAUCGCCGCAGCAAUGCGCUUGUGCAGAUCGCGCAGACUGGCAGCAAGCCGAACCGCAACCGCUACUCCAGUCUUCGUUGAUCCUUGCCGUCGCCGGCUACGGCAUGAGCAGCUUGCGCCGCUUGGGAUUCGCAGCCUCGCUCUCAGCCCCGUCGUCGCUGACGGCCGCCGCCCCUCGCCCUCGCCCGCAUUCUCGCCCGCAGUAGACUUGGAUAGAGGCUGCGGGUGGUGUGGAAAGUAGAUCUUGCGUCGGAUAACACCCACAAUUUCAAACGA